CCCGCACACGCACCCAAACCUAGCCACCACCAAUGUCAGCGGCGCCGCCGCGCCGCCACGCCUCGCCGCCGGGCGAGGUCCGCCUCCGCCUCCCGCCCGAUGGUCCAGUACGCCUCCUCCGCGCCUCCAUGGCCCGCAAGACCUGGAGCCACAAGCGUCUCUCACGGGGGAUUCCGACGCCGCCUCCACGAGCUCCACCCGGGCCGGCACCCCCCGCGCUCGGGUUCCUGCACAACCGGGCCGACGAGCGCAGCCCCUGCUUCAUCCCCACCGCCCUCGUCCUUCUCCCUCGGCUGCCGUCACGGCCGCGCACCCCUUCCCCUCCAAGGACGGGUGCGACCACCUCGUCCUCGACUGCCUCGCGGGCCCUUUCCGCCUGGUCUUCCUCUUCGCCGUCGAGGAAGGCACCGACAACGACGCGUACGCUCGUCCAAUACUGGCGGCCGGAGCGAGCUGACCUCGAUGCGCUCCCAAGGCGAGUUCUCCAUGGAAUUCACACAACAUCCCAGCGUUCUCGUUGGCAGGUCUCUGCUCUUCUCCAUGUCCACGGGGACAGUGCGUCGAUCGUGGAGCAUGACCUGGCAAGCCGCGACCUGACUCUGCUCGGCCAACCAGACAAGUACUACAAGCACACAGAUGCUGUCAAGGAUGGGGAUUUUGUUAACGCCUUUGAAUGCGUCAACCACAACCUCAAGAUCAGGGCUCCUUGUUAUGGAGAAGGUGCUCUCGAGGGUGCUAGCACACUCAACAAACAUGGAUGUGCCUUGCUACCCAAAGAUUCUCCUAGUGAUGUUCCUAAGGGGCACCAAAUGAAGAAUCGGCGAAGGGUACAACCAGCAAAGAUGAUGCCGGGAACCUGACGACCUCUGAUAGCAACGUUGAUGGUGCUUCACCUUCGGAGAAGGUGAGUCCGAAUAAUGUACUGUAUAUAAUUUUUCCUUUCUUGAGAUCAUUGUCGGUGCCAGGACUGCACCAUUGUGUGGUGAAAUGUGUGAAUUCCACUGAGCUUUGCAUUGUUCAUUAGGUUCUUUAUGUUUUUUUCACUGGUAUGGGGUGAUUUGUCAAAGAAGUUGUUGAAUUAACUGAGCCCACAAUUUUAAAGUAGCAUUGCAAUAUCUCCUAGACAGUCAUAUUACCCACAUAGAACAUGUUCAUGUGCUUCUGUAUGUGCGAAGUAACAGUCUUGUGUGGGACUUGGAACUCAAUAGAACUUAUCUCUUGAAUUUA